UUAGGUGGCAGUCCCAUGACCAUAGGCACAGGGGCUCCUGGGAAUUGCCUCCCACACCUACGGUCCCAGAAUACUGGGCACCCUUCCAUUGCUUGGAACCCCACUGACGCUUUGGGGGGCAGAAAGCAUGGACAGUGGGGCACAGUGGUGGUGGAGCGCUGGUGGAAGGUCCCGCUGAGCAAAGAAGGGCGCCCGCCUCGCCUACACCCCAGGAGGCACCGCAUCUACAGGCUGGUGGAAGACACCAAGAACCAGCCCAAGGGGGAGCUGGAGGUGAUCCUCACUCAGUCCGUGGACAAUUUGGGAAGCCGUGGUGAUAUUGUCUCAGUGAAGAAACCUCUGGCUCGUAACAAGCUCCUCCUCGAGGGACUCGCAGUUUACGCCUCUCCAGAGAACAAAAAAAUGUUUGAGGAGGAAAUGAGGCUGCGUGACGAAGGGAAGCUGGAGAGACUUCAAACCCAGAGUGGUGAAAAGACCAUCCAGUUUCUGAGGAGUUGCCGUCUGGAGGUGGGGAUGAAGAACAACGUGAAGUGGGAGCUAAACAACGAGAUCGUCGCCCGCCACUUCCUGAAAAACCUUAAUGUCUUCGUGACGCCGCAUGCGGUGAAGCUGCCCGAUGAGCCCAUCACGAGAUGGGGCGAAUACUGGUGUGAAGUGACGGUGAAUGGCUUGGACACCGUCAGGGUGCCGAUGUCUGUGGUGAACUUCAUGAGGCCAAAGACCAAGCGCUACAAAUACUGGCUGGCCCAGCAGGCGGCAUCGAAGGGGUAAAGGCCCCUCCACUCUGUCCUGGGGAGUUCUCCUCGCAAGGUCGAACUGUUGGGAGAAUCUCCCUGCUGCGGAACCUGGACCCUUCGCUCUACCAGCUGAGAAGGGCAGCCAGGCCCCAGCUGGCCUGUCUCUGCUGGGAGCAGUUAGCUAACUUCAUUUAAACUUUGUCGGUGUUUGGGGGAGGUUCUCGCUGCAACCACGAAGGGACCCUCCAUCCCUCCCAGGUGGGGCUCUCUGCACAGGACCAGGAAAGCACCCAACAUGCUGUACGUUGCUCCCAGUCAAAGCAGGACACCAGAACGCUCAGAGCUACUAAUAAAAAGCUCCUGUGUCCAAGUCCCUGGCAGUGGGAAUCGGCUGGGUCUUGUUGCUGUCGGGUUCGGUCAGACAACACCUCAGAAGUGGGGCAGCUGGAGGCCAAAUGCCCUAUGGGGAGUGGAGGGGGGAGCACUGGGAGAAGCAGCCAUCAGUGACUCACCUGAUCAGUAGAAAAGCGCCAAAUGGUCUGUUCCCAGAUGUGCAGCCUGAUGCCCGGUAGUGCCAGUGCUGAGUCCAGUCCAGCCGGAUGGGGGGAGAGGAAAUGGAAGGUGGAGAGUCCCCUACAGGAAGUUACCUUAUUGCAGGAACAAGACUCUCAGCUGGGCUGGAGAUCCCAGCUCCCUUUCACCGCCCUCCCUGCCACAGGCAUCCUAACAGGAGGAGGGAGGGACGCACCCACACCGGGCACCCUUCCCCUCUGCCCCUGUAGCGACUUUAUGGGUGAAUGGGGCUAAUACCCCAGAGCCAAAGAACCACCCUGUUGCUCGUUGUCAGCUGUUCUCACGGUGGCGGAGCGGGGCUGAAAUGCGGCAGCUGCAGCGCUGGAAGCAGGGUAACCAGAGAUUGUCCUGCCAACCCUUUCUUGGGGCAGAGCCCGAGUCAGGGUCCUCUGUGCCAAAGCGCCUUUCUGGUAGUUGCUCUCAGGGCAGUGUGGGCAGAGACUUCCAUGCCCUGCCUCUGGUGUGACUGGGGGCCCCCAGCUGGUUUGGUCCCUGAUCAAAGGGGCAGAGGAAGGGCAU